CAAGGUGUAGCCAAUUUUUCUUUAAGUCUUCAUUGAAAAAAUGGCUACGAUCACUUUUUAUUGGCCCAAGCCCUUGCUGGCGCCGUGAAAAAUCCCCAAAUUUUCUUCUUCGACUAAGAAAUCCUCUCUUUCGGUUUGCUCGCUCGAAUCACUGGGAUCACAGGAGAUAAAAUAUGGCUGAAGAAGGGAGAGUGCAUCCUGAUUGCAGAAAUGCAUCGAACCCAUAUCACGAAUGUGGUGAAUACUGCUUCAAGGUUAUUGCUGAAACAAAGAAGAAGACGAACAAAAAUGAUACGGGAAUGCAAGUUGUUAGUGAUAGUGGUGCCAUUCUGGAUCAGGAGGAAAAACAUGAAAGAGAUGGCGAGGGAGGUGAUUCUGAUGGAGAGGCUGGUACUGAUGGAGAAGAUAACACAGAAAAAGAUUUCAAGAAUCUUACUGGAAGACAAAAGAGGUUAUUUGAGUUGAGACUGAAAAUGAAUGAGGCAAGAAAAGCCAACCAGACUGCCAUGGUUUCCGAGAAGAAAAGAAUGGAACCUCCUGAAGAGUCUAGAGGAAUUUCUAAGCAAAAAUGGCUAGAGGAGAGGAAGAAGAAAAUUGGUAGACUACUUGAUGCCAAUGGUUUGGAUAUGAGCAAAGCAUAUAUGCUGGACACGCAAGAUAUGGCAGAGUCGAAGUAUAAAAAAUGGGAGAAGGAGCCUGCUCCUGGUGGUUGGGACGUUUUUAAUCAAAGGACACUGUACAAUGCAUACAAGAAAAGGACAAAGAACAUUGAGGUAGACCUUGAUGAGUACGGCAAAAUGAAAGAAUCUGAUCCAGAAUUCUACCGAGAGGCUUCAAGCCUUCAAUAUGGAAAGGCUCCAAAGAUAUCAGAAGAAAAAAUUGAGAAAAUGGUGAAGGAGCUUAAGGACAAGGAGGAGAAAGCGAGGUCCUUUAGCAGACGGAGAAAAUACCGUGAAGAAAAGGAUAUUGACUCCAUUAAUGACCGCAAUGAACAUUUCAAUAAGAAGAUUGAGCGAGCAUUUGGCAAAUACACUCUGGAGAUCAAGAACAACCUCGAGAGAGGAACUGCUUUGCCAGAUUAAGGUACAGCCAUGUUACUGUACCAUGUAAUUAUACCUUUUCAUCGGGGUAUACAACUCGUUCUUUUGUGUGUGUGUGUGUGUGUGUGUGUGUGUAAGGCACUUUUAUAUUCUGUCUGUGCUGUUGGUGUAUCCUUAUUCUUAUGGAAAUUAGGAGGAUGCAAAACUGCAUCCUUUUUUUUUUUUUU